AAUCAUUGAAGCAUAUGCACCACAAAGGCGUUCAUGAGAAUGAAACGGAAUGUUAUAAAUAUCCUCUGACCUACGUUUUCAGUAUGGAGCAUAAGAAAUAUACGUAUACGUAAAACUUGUCAAACGAAAUACACAGUUUAUUAUUUGGGAAUGAUGACAGAGGAGGCAUUUCCACCGAUCAUUAGGUUCCAGGCUGACGAUACGACAGCAUUUCUUCGUGCUGCGCGGUCUGGGAACCUUGAAAAAGUGAUUGAAUUUCUCGAUACCGAUUUAGAUAUUAAUACAGCUAAUUCGAAUGGUUUAAAUGCUUUACACUUAGCAUCGAAAGAUGGUCAUGUUGAAAUAGUAACGGAAUUAUUAAAAAGAGGUGCUACAGUGGAUGCAGCUACAAAGAAAGGAAAUACUGCGCUGCAUAUAGCUUCGUUGGCUGGCCAAGCGGAAAUAGUAAAUAUUCUUAUUCAGUAUGGUGCUGCAGUUAAUAUUCAAUCUCAAAAUGGUUUUACACCUUUAUACAUGGCUGCGCAAGAAAAUCAUGAUCAAGUUGUUAAAUUGUUGCUCAGUAACGGCGCCAAUCAAAGUCUUGCUACAGAGGAUGGAUUUACACCUCUCGCUGUUGCAAUGCAACAAGGACAUGAUAAAGUUGUCAGCGUUCUUUUAGAAAAUGAUUCUAAAGGAAAAGUUAGAUUACCAGCACUUCAUAUUGCGGCUAAAAAAGAUGAUUGUAAGGCUGCUGAUCUAUUAUUGCAGAAUGAUCAUAAACCUGAUGUUACAUCGAAAAGUGGCUUUACACCUCUACAUAUCGCUGCCCAUUAUGGAAACGAAGAAAUAGCACGUUUAUUAAUAAAACGUGGAGCUGAUGUGAAUUAUUUAGCAAAGCAUAAUAUAAGCCCUUUACAUGUAGCAGCGAAAUGGGGUAAAAACAAUAUGGUUAAAGUAUUAUUAGAAAAUUCUGCGCAAAUCGAUGCUAAAACCAGGGAUGGUUUAACACCGCUUCAUUGUGCAGCAAGAUCUGGUCAUGAACAAGUUAUUACCACGCUUCUUGAACACUCUGCACCUAUUAGUGCACGAACGAAAAAUGGACUUGCACCAUUGCACAUGGCAUCACAAGGAGAUCAUGUAGAUGCAGCAAGAGUAUUAUUAUAUCAUCGAGCGCCAGUAGAUGAAGUUACGAUCGAUUAUUUAACGUCUCUUCAUGUUGCCGCACAUUGUGGACAUGUUAGAGUUGCGAAAUUACUUCUGGACCGGAAAGCUGAUCCGAAUGCACGAGCUUUAAAUGGCUUCACACCACUACAUAUUGCUUGUAAGAAGAAUCGAAUAAAAGUUGUUGAACUCUUAGUAAAACAUGGAGCAUCGAUCGAGUCUACUACCGAGUCUGGACUGACUCCAUUACAUGUGGCCAGUUUUAUGGGAUGUAUGAAUAUCGUGAUAUUUCUACUGCAACACGAAGCCAAUCCUGACGUGCCAACUGUUAGGGGUGAAACACCUCUACAUCUGGCAGCUAGAGCUAAUCAAACAGACAUUAUUCGAAUUUUAUUACGAAACGGAGCCAAAGUUGAUGCUCGCGCAAGGGAACAACAAACACCCCUUCAUAUUGCAUCACGAUUAGGAAAUAUUGAUAUUGUUAUGUUACUUCUGCAACAUGGUGCAGCAGUUGAUACUACCACAAAAGAUAUGUACACAGCAUUACAUAUUGCAGCAAAAGAAGGGCAGGAGGAGGUGGCAACUAUUCUUGUGGAAAACAAUGCUUCUCUUAAGGCUACAACUAAAAAUGGUUUUACUCCUUUACAUAUCGCAGCUAAAUAUGGCAAUAUGAGCGUCGCAAAUAUACUUUUGCAAAGAGAUAGUAAACUUGAUGCACAAGGAAAGAAUGAUAUUUCUCCUUUACAUUUGGCUUGCCAUUAUGAUCAUCCAAAUGUUGCAAAUCUUUUGUUAGAAAAAGGAGCAUCCCCUCACUUAGCUUCUCAAAAUGGACAUACUCCUCUACAUAUUGCUGCACGUAAAAAUCAGAUGGAUAUUGCUUCUACUCUCUUAGAGAACGGAGCAAACGCGAAUGCUGAAUCCAAAGCAGGAUUUACACCAUUGCAUUUAAGCGCACAAAAAGGACAUUAUGACAUGACGAAUCUGUUAAUCGAGCAUGGAGCUGAUCCAAAUCAUAAAUCAAAGAAUGGUCUCACCGCACUGCACUUGUGUGCUCAAGAAGAUUUUAUCAAAGUGGCUUCUAUACUUGUGAAAAAUGGUGCAAACGUUGAAAGCGAAACCGAAACUGGUUAUCGACCAAUACAUGUCGCGGCACAUUUCGGGAAUCUUUCGAUGAUUCGAUUUCUUUUAAAACACAAUGCAACUAUCGACGUAAAAACUAAUCAAAAUUACACUCCGUUACAUCAAGCUGCUCAACAAGGCCAUGCACAUAUUGUUAGUGCAUUAUUAGAAGGAAAUGCUUCGCAUAAAGCUCGAACGAAUGAUGGACUGACUGCAUUAAAUAUAGCUCAAAAAUUAGGAUAUAUAUCUGUAAUGGAGGUAUUGAAGGGAUUAUCUUAUGAUACCUUGGCGCCUGAUAAUAAAAAUUGGGACGAGAAGUACAAAGUUAUCGCACCUGAAAGUUUGCAAGAAACUAGUUUUAUGUCUGAUUCUGACGAUGAAGGAGGUUCAGAUGCAUUGAUCAGCGAGCAGCCGUAUCGAUACCUUACAGCAGAUUUGAUGAAAAGUUUAAGAGAUGAUUCAUUGCCUAUUGAUGUUACACGGGAUGAUCCAAUACAUAGACAAGUUACAAAAGAAGAAAAACAGGAUUUCACUCAAAGCAAUAAUUAUUGUCUAGCAGAAAACUUUGAUACUGAUGGAUUUAAUUUGGGCCGACUUCAUUUCAGAUCAUUUUUAGUAAGUUUCUUGGUGGACGCACGUGGAGGUGCUAUGAAAGGAUGCAGACACAGCGGUGUACGUAUCAUUGUGCCACCACGUAGAGCAACAAUGCCGAUUCGUGUUACGUGUAGAUUGAUAAAACCUAAUAAAGUUGCAAAUCCUCCUCCUUUAAUGGAGGGAGAGGCUUUAGCAACUCGUAUCAUAGAAAUGGGACCAAUUGGUGCUACGUUUCUAGGCCCAGUUUUAAUCGAUAUACCACAUUUCGCGUCUAUUCGAGGCAAGGAGAGAGAAAUCAUUAUUCUUAGAAGUGAUAAUGGUGAAACGUGGAAAGAACACGAUAAUUCUGCUGAUAAUGAUACCACUCUAUUAAAUACUCCAUAUGAUCCUCAAAUGAGCGCUACUCAUUCUGGCAGAAUUACCCGUAUAAUAACAACCGAUUUUCCUCAAUACUUUGCUAUUAUCACGAGAAUUAAACAGGAAGUUCACGUGAUUGGUGCCGAAGGUGGAAUUUUAACAUCAAGUGUUGCUAACGACGUCCAAGCAGUCUUUCCACCAGGAGCAUUAACAAAGAAGAUUAAAGUUGGAUUACAAGCUCACGUCAUUCCGGCAGAGCUUACAGCAAAGUUACUAGGAAAUUGCGUAGCUGUUUCACCUGUAAUAACGAUCGAGCCGAGAAGACGAAAGUUUCAUAAACCAAUCACCCUUACGAUACCUGUACCACAAGCAGCGAAUAAAGGGAUGAUUAAUCAAUAUGGUGGUGAAACACCAACAUUACGACUUUUAUGUAGUAUUGCAGGUGGAACCAGUGAGUCACAAUGGGAAGAUGUUACUGGGUCGACACCAUUAACUUUUAUGAACGAUACAGUGUCCUUUACCACAACUGUAUCCGCUCGAUUUUGGUUAAUGGAUUGCCGAAAUAUAGGCGCAGUUCCAAAAAUGGCAACCGAAUUAUAUGAAGAAUCGUUAUUUGUGCCAUAUAUUACAAAUUUUAUAAUAUAUUCGAAACGAAUGGAUGUGCUUGAAGCAACAUUAAGAGUGUUAUGCAUGACCGAUGGAAAAGAAGGAAUGCACACUUUGGAAAGGCAAGAGGAAUUUGUCGAAAUUGUAAAAAGCCGCGAUGUCGAAGCACUCGAUGGGAAAGAUCUUUAUAUUGAAUUCAGUGGAAAUUUAGUACCUGUGACGAAAUCGGGAGUACAAUUGAAAUUUACCUUUAAAGCUUUUCGUCAAAAUCGUUUAUCUUUUCACGUAAAAGUGAAAGAUCCGUUGUUGGAUCCGGUUGCUAGGAUGCUGUUUAUGCGAGAACCGAAAGUAGCGAAAGGAGAACCGCCUCAACAACCAAUUUGCGUGUUGAAUAUUGUUCUUCCAGAAAUUAUAACUAAAGUUGAAGUACAAAAGAAAUUGAAAGAUUAUGAAGAUUCGAAUAUUAUUAGUCAAAAAUUGGAUUCUUAUGAAUCGAAAUACAAGAUGGAGCAAAAAGAGAAAGGCGACGAACCUAAGGAUAUUUCGCCUUCCGAAAAGAAAUUUAUUACCGACACCCUGCAAAAGGAACGAACAGAUGCUGUUACUAUCCACGAAUUCCUUGCGCAAAAAGCGGCUUCUCCCCUAGAAUCUGUAGAUGCUAGUUAUCCCAGUAAAGUAGUCGAGCAAGAGCAAGAUUUGUCGCCAAGUGUCGAGAGACAAACCUAUUCAGAGAAGAGGAAAUUCUGGGAGGAUAUAUCAAGGAAACGGGAAAGUUAUCAGCGAUCGGAAUCGGAGGUGUCGAGAACCUCGCAGUUGACUAUAAACGAGAGCGACAGCGAGUAUAUACAGAAUGUAAUCACCGAGGACACGGCAGACAUUGGUCAGCAGCAGAUCGACAAGUCUGAAACGUUAGAAGAUUUGAACGUGCCCGAUAUAUCCGAGUGUUCAGUGGCGGAGAAAGCGCAAUACUUCGAGGAACAAAUACAAAAAGAGACGACGAAACUUCCGCCCAAGUUGCAUCAACAGGACUCGUUGAAAUCCGAGAAGGAGAAGGUAACGAAGAUUAAGAUAAGCGAGAAGGAGAAGGUGGAUAAGGAUGAGAAGUAUGUGACCGAAUUGAAGCAGAAAAAGGUGGAGGAGAAGGGGAUGGAGAUUGUUACGUUGCAAAAGGAAGAGCAGAAAGAAGGCGAGAAAAAGGAGAGAAGAUUGUCUGAUGAGGAUGAAAAGGAAAAGGAUGAAAGUAAAUACGUGGAAGUAAGCGAGGUAACAUCUAUGGUGUCUGUGUCUGAAAAGGAAUUGGGAAAAGAAAAGGAAGAUUAUGUGAAGCUUGAUGAGAUCGUAACCGAAGUAUCUGUAAAACCUGAAAAAUUAGAGAAAGAUAUUGAAAGGUUAGAGUCUAUGCCCGUUGUAACAUCCGUGGAGAAAGUUGAGAAAAUUACGAUAGAAGAAAAAAUGGUGGAACCAUCGAUGAUUGUCGAAGAAAAAUCGGUUGAUGAGAUUAAACGAGUGGAUGAAGUAGAGAAAAUGAAAAUUGUGGAGGAAACUCCCGUACCGAUAAAAGAUAAAUUAGCCGAAUUAAAAGUUGAAGAUGUUGUGGAGAAAGAACGUAAAACAAUUGUUAUCACUGAAGUACCUGCACAAGAUAUCGUAGAAGAUGUAAAAAUAAGAAGAGAAGAAGUACAAGAGUCAAUUACACAAGUAAGUAUAAAAGAGAUGGAAGAAGAGAAACCAAAGGAUGUUAUAAAAUCUGUAGAAGUAAGCGAGCAAAAAGAAAGAUUAAAAGAAGAAAUAGAAGAAAAAGUGAAACUAAUAUCGGAAGUAAAAACGAAAGAAAAAGUUAUAGAGGAGAGUGCAGAAGACAAGAAAGUGGAAGUGGAAAAAUCUAUUCCUGAAGCGAGUGUAGAACGAGAAACGAUAGAAGAAACUAUAAAAGAAAAAGAAAAGGACGUCGAAGUUACGAAAAUAGUUAUUCAUGAAGAAAUUAUAAAGAAACACGUAGAACCAGAAGUGCAAGAAUUUAUUGCAGAAAUUGGUCCAGAAGAAAAAAUCGUAAGGGAAAAGGAAAGUAUAGAGCAAAAAGAAGAAGCAGAAAAGAUUGUUACAGAGAUAACUACACAACAAGAAACAGUGGAAGAAAGAAUUGAAGAAAAAGAGAAAGAACCAGAAAAAAUAGAUACGGAAAUAUUUUUACGAGAAAGUAUUAAGGAAGAUCUAGAGCAGAAAGAAAAAGAAGAAAAAGAAAUUGUAAAGCAAAAAGAGGAAAAGAAAGAGGAAUACGUAGAAGAAGUUACUACAGAUAUAAGCGAUGAACUAGAUAAAGAAAUAGAUACCGAGAAAAAGCAAGAAGAGAUAUUAGAAUCCAUUGUAGAAAAAAAAAUGGAAGAUACGAAAGAUGAAGAAUUAAAAAUGGAACCUGCGAAGAAAAUAGAAAAGGAGGUGGAAGAAAUUAUCACAGAAAGGAAAUUACAACGAGAGAUAAUCGCAGAAGCGGAAGCGAAACGAGAGAAAGUGCAAGAUGAAGUUGCGGAAAAAGUUGUGGAAAAAGAAGAAAAGGAAGAAAAGGAAGAGCAAGAAGUUGUUACAGAUUUAACCGUCCGAGAAAGAACAUUAACGCCAGAGACAAAAAGAGAGGAGAUCAUUAGAGAAAAAAUGGGUGGAAGACGUAUCAUAACGGAGGAAACUACUAUUAUCUAUAAGGUACAGAAAGAUGGUACUCUGGUACAAGAACAAGUGUUGAAAUCCGUUCAAGUGGAAGGGGGAAGCGAUGCUUUAGGCGGAUUAACCCAAAUGCCUGAAAGUAAAAUCGAGACUAAGGUAAUUCACGAGAUAGAAUCGAUUGGCGAUAUUAAACCUGAGAUCACUUUUUCAACGGAUAUUAAACAGGAGAUGCAAAAAUUUAUGGAGGAAGAAAGAAAACCGGAAGUCGAAGUUAAGGAGGAAAUAAGACUGGUCGAAAAAGAAAAAUUGGAGAAAGUAUUUCCUGAAUCGAUUAUAAAGGAAGAUAAAGAAGUUAAGGGGAAAAAAGAAGGAGAGGAAGAAGGAGAAGGAGAGUUAAAGAAAGGAGAGAAAGAAAAAAUUUCACUGCACAAAGAAAUAGUAACUGAAGUUGAAACGAAACAAGUUAAGAAGGAAUUCGAGUCGCGUAUUCCUAUUUCAACAGCAAAGAUGGACAAAGAUAAAAUUCAAAAAGAAACGAAGCUUAAAGCUACGAUAGAAGAGAAACGUGUUCCAAGUAAACUCGAAGUGGAUAAAGAAUUAAUCAUAGAAAAGGAAGAUAUUUCGCCAACGACCAGAAAGAAAGAAUUCGAAUCUCGAAUACCGAAGCGUGUCGUGGAUGUUAAACCAACGUCUGAUAAAGCUGGAAAGAAGGAUACGCACGUAAGAAAAGAAAGCGAAUCGUACACGAUAACGGAGAAGAAAUCGAGCGAAGAAAUAACUUCAAAAUUGGAGGAACAUUUAACGACGAAAAGUGAAACGCAAACAUUUUCGAAAACUUUCACCGAUCCUCAGCAAGCUUUCAAAAUGUUCGAGGAUAUGGAUAGCUUAGGGAAAACUAGUGAAUUAGGGAAAACAGUGACGUCCAAGAUCGAUCAUAAAACGUCGACAAUGCUGGAGAAGAAAGAAGUUGUAUCCUCGGAGAUUUCCACUGGCAAGGACAAGGUUAUCACGCACGAGGAGAAGGAACGGGUGGAGAAGAAGAAAUCGUUGGAAUCUCAAUUGAAGAAAGAGUCGCCGACCGAAACGUUGGAAGAGAAAAGCACUAAGCGCGAGGAAUUGGACAAAACAGCGAUUCAAAAAUUGUCGAUGAACUUGACGGACACUCAAAACAUAAUAGACGCGGCUGCGUCCGAAUCGAGGGCUGAAACGAAAAAAGAGGAGAUAUUUAAAAAGUUAUCGGACGAGGAGGGUGUCACGACUCAAGAGGCAGGUAGCAGUGUAUCGAGAGAGAGCGACGCGGACGUAGCUAUUCGAAUAAAGAAAGAGAUUCCUAGGAAAAGCGGGUACGAGGAGGAUGUGAAAGUGGUGGAGGGAAAAGCGACGGAAAGGAUAUCGAGGCCAGUUGCGGAUACGGAUCAAAUCGAGACACUCGCUCAAGGGGAAUCGCACAAAGAGACGAAAGAAAGUUUCAACGUUGUCCAAUUCGUGCCGAGCGAGAAGAAGAGGAUGAAGGAGAAGGAGAAGGAAGAGGAGAAGGAAUCGUCGAAAGAAGAGAAGGAGGAAGUGGCGCGACCGAGUGUAAGUUUGGAGGAGCAGCAACGGCAAAAGUUCAAAGAGAUCGAGGCGCGUACCAUAGCGGAAACUCUGAUUCAAUCGAUCGAGAGCGAGAUCGAAGCGAAAUCAGCGGCGGAUUUGAAAGCGGAGUUACUCAGCAAAGGAUAUUUGGAACAAAUAAUAAGCGAAAGCGUGGAAACGGACCACGAGAAAUUGGCGGAUGAUUUGACGCGCAAAUUCGAAAGUAUCAUGAAGAGGACGGCGCAGGAGAAGGGAGGGCGCGUGGAAUCGCCGCCGAGGUUUAGAUCGUCGAUACAGGAGGAAUCGUUGGAGAAAAGUUCGACCAGGGACAGUAUAAGCGAGGAUAUAACCAGGGACGAGGAAUCGUCGCCCCACGAGAAAGAAGAAAGUUUCCCCCUUUCAUCGUCCCAGGCUAAACUCCAAGACAGAGAUAUUACCAUGAGCCCCAGUAGCAUAUCCGAACAGAUAGAUUUCGAAGAAACGAUCGACGUGGAUACGAACGAGUUGGAGAGCGUGUCGAAACCAACGACAAGCCCUCAAUACGAGAAACAACGAUCGAGCAGCCAGGUGAGUUUCCCUCCUGAUAAGAUGGUGUCCGAGAUUUCAGGCGCCAGAGUUUUGGAAAUACUGGAACCAGGUAUGGACAGUCAAUCCAGAGAAGAUUCGGUGGACGUACCCUCGUUAGAGAUGGACGAGCAUAAAAUAUCGGAACAGACUAGCAGAGGAAUACCAUCGUUGCGCGAGAGCGCGGAAAUGGAUUCGUUCGAGAGGUUGGCUCAAGAACGAGAUAUCACGAUCAGCCCUAGCACCGUAUCCGAGGAUACGAAUAUAGAUUAUUCUUUGGUGCAAGAGUCGUCUCAUCCUAUUGGAGGAUCCCAAAGGGAAUUGCCUAUGAUAAGCACGAAAAGAGCGGACAGUUUCGAAAUCGAAAGUCCUCCGCUCGUCUCGCCGAAACCGAAGGUUCGUGGCCUCGAGAUCAUUAAACCUGUCGAUUGGAUGAUCGGUGACGAGAAGAUCGAAAUAUCGGAGACGUUGCAACCGUCUCAGAUCUUCAACCAAGAAUUGGAGGCGUACGAAACGAUGAUCAAGAAGAAGGAACGAUUGUCCUCGUUGGACGGAUCGACGGAUCAUGAACAGGAAUCCGGCACUAAAUCGUCGGAGGACAUCAGUGUGAUAGAAUCGACGAGAGAGGCAGCGGUUGCGGAUGACGAUCGUAAACCUACGAAAUUCACCGUGAUUCCCGUCAGCGAGCAAGAUUUUGAAAACGAAUUGGUGGAGAAUAAAUUGGACGUUAGUUGUCAGGAAUUGGUCGACACGUUGCAGCGCGAAUACGAUGCAAAAACGCCUAUCGAGGAAUACGUGGAAAGUACUCAACAACAAGUUGUCGCGUCUACCGAUGAAAAGGUGGAAUUGGAAAAAGAAGAAGUUUUGCAAGUGGAAAAAGAAGUUGUGGAAGAAGAACCUAGCGAUCAAAUUACGAUCGAAGAGCAAAGGGUAGAAAAGAAAGAAGAGGUGAAAGAACAGAUAAAAGAAGAAGUGAAAGAAGAGAUGAAAGAACAGGUAAAAGAAAAGGUAAAAGAAGAGAUGAAAGAAGAGGUAAAAGAACAGGUGAAAGAACAGGUAAAAGAACAGGUGAAAGAAGAGGUGAAAGAAGAGGUAAAAGAAGAAGUGAAAAAAGAGGUGAAAGAAGAGGUGAAAGAAGAAAUGAAAAAAGAGGUGAAAGAAGAGGUGAAAGAAGAGGUGAAAGAAGAGGUGAAAGAAGAGGUGAAAAAAGAGGUGAAAGAAGAGGUAAAAGAACAAGUGAAAGAACAGGUAAAAGAACAGGUAAAAGAAGAGGUGAAAGAAGAGGUGAAAGAAGAGGUAAAAGAACAAGUGAAAGAACAGGUAAAAGAAGAGGUGAAAGAAGAGGUGAAAGAAGAGGUAAAAGAAGAAGUGAAAAAAGAGAUGAAAGAAGAGGUGAAAGAAGAGGUGAAAGAAGAAGUGAAAAAAGAGGUGAAAAAAGAGAUAAAAGAAGAGGUGAAAGAAGAGGUGAAAGAAGAAGUGAAAAAAGAGGUGAAAGAAGAGGUGAAAGAAGAGGUGAAAGAAGAGGUGAAAGAAGAGGAGCCGAUGAAGAAGGAAGGCGAAAAGAUAAAGGAGGAGGAAAAAGCGAAAGAAAAAGAAGAAAAAGAAAAGGAAGAGGAGAAAGCGAAAGACGAUGUGUUGGCUAAACCUUUGAAAAGCGAGGAAAGUAAACAGGAGAGAGUCGCGGCAAAGCCGGAAAUCGAACUGAAAUUAGAGAAAACAACUGACGAGUUGAAGGAAUGGACGGAAGCUUAUUUGUCGAAGAUGAAACCGUUGAGCGAAGAUUACAAAAGGCAUAUGGAGAAAGCUACGGAGAAGCACGACAAGCCUGGAAGAUCGACGACAGUUCCUUCCGACACUUGUGCCUUGAAAAUAAAAAAAGAUGAUCUCUCUAGUGUUGAUUUAAGUGCACGAUACGCUAUAACCGUUCUAGAUCAGGUAGUUAAAAAAGAGAUAGCCGAGGUGAAGGAGUCUUUAGAGGCGGCUAAGCAAGACCUGAUAGAGGAAUUAAGCGAAAAUAGUGAAACUGUGAUCCAAAUAAAAGAUUCCCCCUCAGAGUUCCGGUUUAAAUUACAACCCGAAUCCAUUCCCAACGAUUUACCAUUUUUAUACACACCAGCGUAUCCUGCUGCUGAGCAAACCACCCACGAGUCGGAUACCGAAGCGAUAAAGAGGGAAGAAUCCCCCGCUGAUAAAUCGCAAUCGAAAUUCGAAACGAAGGAUACCGAUCGAGGCGAAACGGAGACGAUGGAUGAUGGAUCCGGUGGUAUCGAGGAACCGAUACGUCAAACGCAAAAGGAUACACCUGUGAUUAAAACCGAUAAGUCUGACGUAGAGACUGCUGUAAUAACCGUCCACGAAGAUACGAAAGACGAGGAGGAAGCCCGCGAAGAGGAACAUCCUAGCCCCGUGCCUGCCAGCAUGUCAGGCUCGGACAUAGACAAUAAAGACGAAAGUUCUUCUUUGGCUUUACCGCGCCCCGUACUUAGAAGACGCCAGAAACCCGGUAGAAGUGCUAAACGCAUCACAUCCGACAGCGACGCGGAUCUCGGUUCUAGUUCCGGCGAGAGUAGUAAUUAUCAAUCGUGCGACUACGAAAUCGGUAGCGGUAGCCGACCUAGCUCUUCCGACGUGGAAGCGAUGCAAUCGUGCGGCGUACCUUCCGCCACUGCCUCGGAAUACGAAACUGCGAUGAUGUCCGUCGAGCACUCCACCUCUUCCAAACCAACCUCGCAGGAGUAUCAGACAGCGGCCACGACCAUGAGCUCGCGCGAAUCGAUGAAGUCUUUGACCUCUUUGAGCUCCGGUCAUCUCGGCAGCAUUGACAGUACCAGCGAGUUGUCCGAGACUUUGGUAGCGUCCGAAGCGGAUGCGGACAAAGAGGAGGAGGAUGAGGAGGAGGAGGAGGAGGAGGAAGAGGAGGAGCGUUUGGACGGUGGUCUGGACGAGGAGCAGACCGAACAGUCGGACUCGUCCGGUAGCGAUAUACCGAUCGACGAGCCGAUGGACGAUAUCUACAAUCGGGCACCUUGUCGUAUGAAGCGAUCGUCCGAAAUGAUCUUCCCUCAAGUCCUCGAGGCGGCCGCUCUCGAGGAAUCGCCGGCCAAGGACACCAAAGGUGUAGAUUUCGCCACGUCCACCUCGACCUCGGCAACGGGAGCUGGACCUGUUCGAUCCGUCGAUAUAAUGACGUCGCGAGUUUCCGAGGACGGGGUACAAAGUGUGUGCACUCAGGUGAUUUCGACUCGAGGCGUGGAAGCCGAGGCCGAGGCCGAGGUCGAGGACGAGGAGGCGCCAUCCAAGGUCGAAAGCCUCCUCGAGACGGGUGAGAAGGACGCGGAGGAAGGGACAACGUUGGACGUGCAAGCGAUGGAGUCCGAGCUUUUGGAACAGAGAUAUGGAAGCGCGACGGGGCAAGCGACGAGCGAAAGCCCGGAAAUGUCGAUGCAAACGUCGACACCCUCUAUAGUGCAACAGGCUUCGAUGUCGACGUCUUCGACGUCCGGCGUGUCUAUAGACACGGUGGUGGGGAAAGAGAAGUCAACGGAUCGUCAAUCGCCUGACAGCGAUUCGUUCGAGAUGGUCGAUAAACCGGAUAUCAUCGACGAUUUCGUGGUCAUAGAGGAAGUUGGCAGAGAGGCUGAGGAAUACGAUUCCGAAGGGAAAAGUAUACGCAUCAGUUCUAUACCCCAGGUGAUCGGCAAACAGUACGAUCGGGAUCUUGAAAAUCUUAUAACCGAGAACAAGGAAGAUUCGCAAGUGUCGACGAGUCAAGCGUCGAAGAACAACGAAUUGUUCGACUUCGAGUCGGAGGAGAGCCCGCCUCAAGUCUCGAACGACGAUCAAUAUUCCCAAUCGUACUCGGACGACGAGCAAUACGAAGGGGGGAAGAAAUGGAUAGAGAUGCAAUUCCACGCGGAUCCACGAGUCUACGACAUCGAGUACGAUCGAGGUCCUUUGGAGGAUAUAAAGGAAGAGGAGAUCACCGACUUCGAGGCUGGCAGCAGUAGAUUCGGAAGCUUGGGCAGUCACAAGGAAUCGAUAGGAAGCGUGGGUAGUAUGCGAGGCAGUUUCGGGAGUACGCCCGACUACGACGUCCUGGCCGGUAGGAAAUAUUUCACCAGGCCAUCCGAUCACGACAACGUGUCGUUGAGCUCGUUGCAAGAGUUCGAGAACUUGGAGAGCGCUGUCGCGGCUGAGAAUUCUAGGAAAUUGCAAUGCGGCUCCCACGAUUCCGUCAAUAACGGUAGUCUUCCAAGGAGGUACAUGACCAGCCGAUCCGGCCACGGCGACGACAUCUCGUUAUCUUCGUUGAAGGAUUUCGAAGGGUUGGAGAGAGCGUGUAGGGAGGCGCAUUUAAUCGAAUUGCGCGCAAGGGAGGAGGAAGACUUGUUAGAACACGAAAGCCCCGAGAACAAGUACAAAUUGGAAAGCCUAACGCGAACGAGGAUCGACACGAGCACGGCCGGCUCGUUCAACGCGAGCACAUCCGGCUCGGACGAUUACGAGAAGAGAAUAAAAGAGAUCGACGAGAUAAUACGGAUAGCCCAGUCGAAUGUGGAGAAGUCCGAUCGGCAAGACGACACGACGGAGGACAUUUCGCAAAUCGAAAUCACGGACGCUGAGAAAAUUGGAUCUCAGCCAGGUGUGCAACCUGUUUCGAAACCGGAAGAGGAACUAGAGGAACCGACCCCGUUGCCUCUUCAAAGAGAGAGCAACGUAAUGGAGACGAGUACGGAUUCCCUCGAGCUGGAGGAUAAUAUGGAUAAGAAACAUCACCAAUUAUGCCGAAGUUCCGACUCGUUAGAGAUGAAAACCACGCUAGAUUUUCCUUCGUUGAGUUCGGACUCGUUGAACAAUGUGCGAGACGCAAGGGAGAUGCAGUCGGACGUAGCUGAACACGCGAGCAGCGUUAGACGUAUUUCUUCGGACUCGUUGGACAUGCCUUUGCUCGAACAACAAGAUUCCGAAAGACCGAGCAACGAAGAUGAUCGUUCGGAUGGUGUCACGUCGGACAAUUCCUUGGAGCACAGAUCGGAUGCAGGGGAAACCGAUAGAAGCGAUAGAGCGAGGACAACACCGAGCACCAAUACAUAGGAAUAUUUUCGUAGAUAGUGGACCAUCAAAGUGAAUUUGUUACAACGUUGGUUCUUAAAGCUACAACGAUGUAUUAUUGAACCAAUUGAAAUGCUUUACGUAAUACAGCAUAAUAUAAUGAAAAAUGAAGUACUAAAAGAAAUACUUGCGCGUUGUGCAUAUGCAAGGUAUUAAAAUGCAUUUAUCUUUAUUUUAUGCGACGUUUUAUAAGAAUAUAAUUGUUUUAUGAUGCUUAAGUGAAAUAGUUAUUAUCUUUAAAAUAUAGGAUUGUUAUUAAAAUGAGGUAGAAACACGAAUGACGCUUAUUCAUUUCGUAUUAAAAUCUAUCAAGAAAAAAAAAACAAAAAAAAAAACAAAAAUUGUAAUUGCUUUCAAUCUACUUGUUUCAAUAAUUAUGAAUUAUCUUGCUUCGUUGUUCACGAUUAUUUACAGUAAUUAAGUUUAUAUCGCAAAAAUUGUACUUUUUAAAUGUUAUUCUCGUAUGUCCUACUUGUAUGAUAAUACUUAUAUAAAAAAAAAAAAUGUCAUGUUUUUGUAAAUUUUUCGAUUAUAACGUGUCUUUGUGACUACGCUUUCUUAAGAUGUUGACAGUUAUGAACACUUUAUAUUUGCAUACUGAUUUUCAAAAAACGUUUACGAGCUCUAAUACUCGUUAAUCUUAAUUGCAAGUGUUCACGAAAGAACAAAAAAUAUAUUAAUUAAAUAGAAAAUUUUAUAUACAAACCGUAAUGUAUAAGAUCUUAGGGAAAAAAAAAAAUAUAUAUAUAUAUAUAUUAUCAAGAGAGUGCAUUCUCUGAUUAAUGUAUGAUGCAUAUGUGCAAAUGUUAUAGACAUUUUUUGUAUGCGAAGUUUUAACCAAUUAUGAAAUAUUGCUUUAAUCUAUUUGCUGAUAAUGAAUUCGAUGUAUUUUAUCGAUCGUAAGAAUUUUUAACGUUAUGUCAAAAUUUUAACGAUGUUUUUCAUUUAUCUGUUUUUCAUAAUAUGUUUUUUUUUUCAUCGAUGAAAAUAUAAAUCUAUAUGAACAAAAUAAAAUAUUCAUCAUUUAUUGAAACCCCAAUGUUCUUCGCGAUAGUUGCUUGGACUACAUAUUUGAUAGAAACUUCAAUUAUUAUAGCAAUAACUUUGUCUAUAUACAAUAUAUUAUAAGUUUAAUUAAUAAAUGCAAAAAUCAUGCGUACAAAACG